AUGCCGCGCGUCGUCGUCGCUUCCCCCCUGCUCAUUCUCGCUUCCCCGCCCGUCGCAAUCGCUUCCCCUCCCAUUGCCCUCGCUUCUCCGCCCCCUACGCAACUCCCUCGCACCCCUCCAUUCCUCGCCCGUUCUUCCCUCCUCCGCCUCCGAUCCUCCCACUCUCUUUACUUUCGCCCGACCGUCCUUCUUCUCAUCCACCCUGUUUGCUAUCAUCCACCCUGCUCGCUCUCUUCCCCCCUGCUCGCUCUCUUUCCUCCCUUCACUCUCUUCUCUCCUGUUCACUCCCUUUCCCCCUAUUCUCACCCCUCUUUCCCCCUCCACUCAACCCUUUCCCCCUGCACACUCCCUUCCCCCCUACUCACUGCUCACUCUCCUCCCCCUUUUUAUUCUCUUCUCUCCUGUUCACUCCCUUUCUCCCUGUUCUCACCCAUCUUCCCCCCUUCACUUAACCUUUCCCCCCUGCUUAUUCUAUUUCCUUUUGCUCAUUCUCUUUCCCCUCUGCUCAAUCUUUCCCCCUCUGUUCAUUGUCUCCCCCUCUGCUCACUCUUUCCCCCUCUUCUCACUAUUUCCCCCUCUGCUGACUCUUUCCCCCUCUGCUCACUCUUUCCUUCUCUGCUCACUCUCUCCCCUCUUCUCACUGUCUCCCCCUUUGCUCACUCUUUCCCACUCUGCUCACUCUUUCCCCCUCUACUCACUCUUUCCCCCUCUGCUCACUGUCUCCCCCUCUGCUCAUUCCUUCCCCCUCUGCUCACUCUCUCCCCUCUGCUCAUUCUUUCCCCCUCUGGUCACUCUCCCCCUCUGCUCAUUCUUUCCCCCUCUGCUCAUUCUCCCCCUCAGCUCAUUCUUUCCCCCUCUGCUCACUCUCUCCCCACUACUCAUUGUUUCCCCCUCUACUCACUCUCUGCCCUCUGCUCAUUCUUUCCCCCUCUGCUCACUCUCUCCCCUCUGCUCAUUCUUUCCCCCUCUGCUCACUCUCUCCGCUCUGCUCAUUCUUUCCCCCUGGACUCACCCAUACUUCCCCCCAGUUAA